AAUAAUAUUAAGAAAAAAAAAAAAAAAAAGAGAGUGAGAGACAACACAUAUUGAGAAUAACAACAUCGGCAUCGGAGUUUCCUCAAAUUGGAUUGCCAUAAUCGCUGCUUUCCUUCGGAGCUGCCUAAGUUCAUUGUUUCUCUGUCGUCUUUGUCUUUCAUGGCCUUGCUUCUACCUCUCUCGAUUGCAUUUACUUCUUCAUUCUUCCCAACCAUAUAACAUAUAAUAAUAACCUUAAUAUCAAUAUAUAUUUAUAUAUAUAUUCCUUUUCUUUGCGUUGCAUACAUAGUAAUUUGUUCGCAGUUGUUGUAUAUGGCGAAUGCAUCUGGGUUGUUCACUCCUUCGAUUCCCAAGUUGAGAGUGAGGGUUCGGCCUCUCACAAGCAUUCAUCGAUUUGAUGGUUUCUCCGCCAAAGUUGUUUGCUUUGGUUCCAUCGAAGGAGCUGAGAAGCAUGCUUCCACAGUUUCUCCUUCCCAAUCUCGGAUACCCAGGCUUGUCAGUAAAGGCUGCAAGUUAAUUGGAUGUGGUUCUGCUGUGCCAACUCUUCAGAUUUCUAAUGAUGACCUUUCAAAAAUAGUUGAUACUUCUGAUGAAUGGAUAUCUGUUCGCACUGGGAUUCGUAGACGACGAAUUCUUUCAGGCAGAGACAGCUUGACAUCAUUGGCGGCAGAGGCAGCUGGGAAAGCUCUUGAGAUGGCAAAGGUUGACCCUGAUGACCUUGACCUAAUAUUGAUGUGCACAUCUACACCGGAGGAUCUUUUUGGUAGCGCUCCACAGAUUCAAAAGCAACUUGGCUGCAAAACAAAUCCAUUGGCUUAUGACAUUACAGCUGCAUGUAGUGGAUUUAUAUUGGGUUUAAUAUCAGCUGCUUGUCACAUUAGGGGGGGUGGAUUUCAUAAUGUUCUAGUUAUCGGGGCUGAUGCUCUUUCACGAUAUGUUGAUUGGAGUGACAGAGGGAGCUGUAUCCUUUUUGGGGAUGCUGCCGGUGCUGUAUUAGUACAGGCCUGCAACAGUGAGGAAGAUGGUUUAUUUGCUUUUGAUUUGCAUAGUGAUGGCAGUGGUCAAAGGCAUUUGAAUGCUCUCAUUAAAGAAAACGAGUCAAAUAAUGCAAUGGAUUCGAAUGGUUCUGUGUUAGACUUCCCCCCUAAGCAGUCCUCAUUUUCAUGCAUUCAAAUGAAUGGCAAAGAGGUCUUUCGCUUUGCUGUACGAUGCGUGCCACAGUCAAUUGAAUCUGCCCUUCAAAAGGCUGGUCUCCCUGCAUCUAGCAUUGACUGGUUACUUCUCCAUCAGGCAAACCAGAGGAUUAUUGAUGCAGUAGCCACUCGGUUAGAAGUGCCAUCAGAAAGGGUGAUAUCAAAUUUGGCUAAUUAUGGAAACACAAGUGCAGCUUCAAUUCCCUUAGCUUUAGAUGAAGCAGUUCGAAGUGGGAAGGUUAAGGCUGGCCAAACUAUUGCAACUGCUGGCUUUGGCGCUGGUCUUACUUGGGGUUCAGCAAUUGUUCGUUGGGAUUGAUUUCUUGUCUUUCACGGCAAUAUUGCAGCAAAUAGAGAAGACAUAUUUGGGUGCAGAUAACCCUGCUUUCUUACACAUUUGUUGAAAUGGCGGUUUUGUGAGUUUGUAGAACGAUAAGAAUAACAUGCAACACUCCCUCAACUUGUCCUUUUCGUUUUCUUUUUGUCUUCAAUUCACAUUCUCCUUUGUCUUCUUUUCUCAAGUAUCCGAGAUAUAUGUAUUUGUCAUUCAGAUUUAUUUUGAACGAGGCUUAUUAUUUAUGUUUAU